UUCAUGUUCUGCUUUCUGAUUCCUUCAGCUGAAGUCUGCUGCGCUUUGUAAAACGGAGACAGCUCACUCCCAGAACCCGCCAGGCUCUGGCCCCGGCCGCCAGGGCUCCGCCGCAGACCAGACCGAGCAUGCGAGCCGCCCUUGCUCUGACAGCCUGGGUGGUUUCUCUGGCCUCCAGUUAUUCAUUCUCAGCAAACAGCUUGCCAGAUAUCGACAAUGAAGCGUUUAUCAAAGACUGUGUUCACAUUCAUAACAAGCUCCGAUCAGAGGUGAAGCCGAAAGCCAGUAAUAUGCUGUACAUGACUUGGGACCCAGUACUAGCCCAAAUUGCAAAAGCAUGGGCAAGAAAAUGUCAGUUUUCACACAAUGACCAGCUGAAGUCACCCCACAGACUGCACCAGAAUUUCACUUCCCUGGGAGAAAACAUCUGGAGUGGGUCUGUGUCCAUCUUCUCUGUGUCUUCAGCCAUUACCAGCUGGUACAAUGAAAGGCAAGACUAUGACUUCAAGACGCGGAAAUGCAGCAAGGUCUGUGGCCACUACACUCAGGUGGUUUGGGCAGAUAGUUACAAAGUUGGCUGUGCAGUACGAUUUUGCCCUACAAUUUCUGGCCUAACGUUUCCCAAUGCUGCACAUUUUAUAUGCAACUAUGGACCAGCAGGAAAUUACCCCACUUGGCCAUAUAAAUCAGGAUCCACUUGCAGUGCUUGCCCCCAAAAUGACAAAUGUUUGGACAAUCUGUGCGCUAGCCCACAGCGAGACCAAGUCACACGUUACUACUCCAUUGUGUAUCAAGACUGGCCAAUAUAUUCACGUAAUAGAGCCCUAUCUCUCUUUUUCAUUGUUAGUUCACCAAUACUAAUACUGAGUGCUAUUACCAUUUGGUUCAAGCACAAAUAGCCUCAUUUAGUUCUUUUGGACUAAUACAACCCAGGAAAAAAAAUGUUUACAAACUCAUUUAUAAAUGACUUUUUUUUAUCC